AUGUACUGUGAUAUUUUAAUCUACAAGGUGUAAAAACGCGUUUCCUGUUUUGUGGAAAACUUUUCAAAAAAAUAUGCUAUAGUAAAGUUAUUUUUUGCUCAGUGGACCAUCGCAUUGAGUUUUUUUGGGGCGAAAUAUGCCACGAGAUCUGGUUUCUGGUGCUGUGAUCGAACUGAAAUUUAUGAGUUUGAACUUGGUUUGAGGGGAAGUUCUUAUAAAAAUCAAUAUGAACCCAAGCUCCCUCAAAAACAACCGAUCUUCGAAUCGAAAUGUUCUCAAAAGUGUUCCUGUGUUGUGUGCUCCUGGCGGUGGCUUUCGCCAUGCCUCACGUGCGUGAAGCCCGCUCGCCCCAUUUGUUCAAAAAGAAGCCGAUUUUGGGCAACUUGUUCGGCGGCGGUGGCGGAGGCGGUUACGGUGGCGGCUACGGUGGCGGCGGCUACUACCACCCCCAACCCGUUCACACCGGAAGUGCCAGUGUAGCCGCCAGUUCGUCCGGAAGUUCCGGUCAUGGACACGGGGGCGGCUCGCAGAGCCAAAGCCAGUCGGCGGCCAUCGCCAUAGGCCCCUACUCCGUUGCUUUAUCGCAAAGUCAGUCCCAGGCCUCCGGAGGCGGCGGAUUUUUUGACUACUAAGGACUGAAUCAUGUAUUAUUUAUUUAUUAAUUAAUUGUAACGUUUGUGUUUUUGUUUCCAAUAAAAAGUAUUUUACUCUU